AUGGCUCCCUCGUCGCUUCUCUUUGGCAUGGCCCUCGCGGCCUCCGGCUCCAUGCUGGUCAACGGCCAAGCCCUGGACAAGCCUCCCCUGUCGGACAACCUCGACUACCUCGCAGAUGGAAACAAUGCCAACCUUGCCGUGAACCAAGGCACGUACCAGCAAUGGGAGGCUGGUACCAUCCCCGCCGACUGCAAGAGCCUUGGGCAGGAGGAGGGCAAGGACCCAAACGACUUUGAGGUUUACGAUGUCACCUACGGUGAUUGCGGCGACCCCUGGGUGUUCUGCCGCCACAAGGACUCUACAACCACCAUUGACACCACCAUCAACACUUUCAGUCAGCUACCUGUCGCCAUGCGCAGCUGGGUCCGACACGUCCUGACAAUGCCAGGUGACGACUCCGCCUACAAUGCAAACGGCAACAUUGCCUUUUUCGGAGGCACCAGCGGCUCUGUGGACGUUGCCCUUCACGAGACCGGACACAGUCUUGACCUUCUCGGAGCAUACGGUGAUCAGCUGUCCACAAGCCAGGAUUGGCUCGACAGCUACGACCAGGACUCCAACGUCCCGGACAACUAUGCUCAAACCAGCCAAAUCGAGAACGUCGCCCAAAACACCGUCGUCGGCGUCUACGACAAAGUCGUCCCCGGUGGCUUCCCUGGAGUGCAGCCAGACUACAACAACAUCAUCCACCAAUACACCACUCUACAAAGCAAGGCCGGCGACCAGAUCCUGCCUGGUGGGCAGUGCGAUCGCCAUCUCGACAAUUCUGAGCCCGUGUCCACGAGCGACGACUCGGCUUCGGUUGUGCACGCUGCCAACACGCCGAAUGUGUCGUUCAAGGGCAAGUAUACCAACAUUGUCAAGAACUUCCGCGAGUUCAACACCAAGGAGCACUGCGCUUAUUAG